ACUAGGACUGGACCCUCGCAACGCUCCGCACCCAACACUUUCUUCAAUCCUUCCACGUCGCUCGUUACAAUUCUCCUCACUUUUCUCGUCGGCCGCGCCGCUUAUAUCGCAUUUCGCACUUUCGUCAGCUUCGUAGUUCAUAGUCGUUGCUGAAUGCCGCUCGAUCGGUAGUCUCAGGGUUACCAUCGCCGAUGGGCAAGUGGAGAUAUGGUGUCAUUCUGGAUGCUGGGUCCUCCGGGACGCGGGUCCACAUAUACAGAUGGCUGAACAGCGACACGGCUCGCGAGACGGCGAGCGAGGCGCAACUGCACAAAUUGCCUGAAAUCGAGACAGAUAAGAAGUGGAUAAAGAAGAUACACCCGGGCAUAUCGACCUUUGGCGAACACCCUCACGAUGUGGGCCCAGAGCACCUUGACAAGCUCCUCAGCCAUGCCCUCAAACAUGUGCCGCUCGAAGAAGUACCGAAUACGCCGCUCUUCCUCCUCGCGACCGCCGGCAUGCGAAUACUCCCGCCCGUCCAGCGCAAAUCGGUGCUGAAAGAGGUGUGCGACUUUGCGCGCAAGACGACCAAGUUCCAGUUGCCGGACUGCGACGUCCACGUCCAAGUUAUACCAGGGGAGACAGAGGGUCUGUACGGCUGGUUAGCGGCGAACUACUUGCUUGGUGGCUUUGACAAUCCGGAAGGUCACGAUCAUGGCAAGGGACAUCACACAUACGGGUUUCUGGAUAUGGGAGGCGCAUCUGCCCAAAUUGCAUUUGCGCCGAAUGCGACAGAGGCCGAGAAGCACGCGAACGAUCUCACGUUAUUACGGCUGCGGACCAUUGAUGGUGCGCCGAUGGAAUACAAGGUCUUUGUAACAACGUGGCUGGGCUUUGGCGUCCAUCAGGCGAGGCAGAGAUUCGUGAAGGCCCUUCUGGAGUCGAGUCCGGGAGCUACAGAGCUUCCCGACCCCUGCUUACCCGCGGGUGCCAAAGUUACCGUUAACAAGGAGGGGAAAUCUUUCGAUCCGGAUAAGGACGAAGGACACGGAACUGAGCUGGUAGGCACUGGCAAGUUUCCGGAAUGCCUGCACCAGGCGUAUCCCCUCCUAGAGAAAGAGAAGGAAUGUCUGGACUCGCCGUGCCUUAUCAACGGACAACACACACCCGCCAUUGACUUCGAUGUUAAUCACUUCGUGGGCGUAUCAGAGUAUUACCAUACCACUCACGAGAUCUUCGAGAUGGCGCAUAGAGACGAUGAUGGAUAUGACUUCAAGAGCUAUCAGAAGGGGGUCAACGAGUUUUGCAGCCAGAGCUGGAAAGACAUCGAAAAGGGCAUUGCGAAGAACAAGUGGGGUAAGAAGGUGGACGCGGAGACAGCGCUUGAAGUCUGUUUUAAAGCGUCAUGGCUUAUUAACGUGCUGCACGAUGGUAUCGGAGUACCACGCGUUGGAAUUGAGGAUUUGAACGGGAACCAUAACGUCACCAAGGCGAAGAUUGGUGGUGGGAAAACGAAGGGCUUCCUGAAUCCCUUCCAGGCCGUCAACAAGAUCAAUGAUGUAGAGGUUAGUUGGACGCUGGGAAAGAUGGUCCUCUACGCUUCCAGCGAGAUUCCCGCACCAUCGACAGAAGCGCUAGCGGUCGGCUUCGGCAGCAACGAGCCUGGAAUUCCCGAUGACUUCCAGUACCCAGGAGGAUCCUACCACGCUUACUCUGGUACCGAGGAUGACUGGCACGACCGCCUCUUCUCCGAGAACCCUCGCCGUAUCCCAGGUUUUCUCAUCUUCAUUCUCAUCGUCUUCGUAAUCGGCUACAUGCUCUGCGGACGUGAGCGCCGGAAGAUUGCGCGCCAGAAACUCGGGCGCAUGUUCGGUAGAGGAGGGAGACCGUCGCUUCGGCGACGACGGGGCUUCCCAGGCAAAUUAUUCGGCCUCAGAAGUACGCCGUCCUACGAACGUGUCCUGGAGGAAGGCGAACCAUCGAACGAUUUCGAGCUCGGCUCCUUCUCCGACGCUUCCGAUAACGACCAUUCUGACUCAACGGAUGGCUCUCGUGUGGGUCGUACUUCCGGAUGGGCAACGCCUCAGAUUAAAACUGGCAUCGCCGAGCCCGGUACACCGUAUGUGGACUCGGGGACAGACCUCAUCGCACAGGGCGCCGGUUUGGGAUUAGGACCUCCCGGGGCCUUUGGCAAUGCUAUUGAAAGAGGCGGGUUGAUGGCGAGGACGGAUAGUAGGGAAAGAAUGGCGGGUGGGAGAAGAAGUAGAGCGAAUAGUCCGAGGCGGAAGAGUCCGAUGAUGAAGCUGGAAGAGUGAUAUGUUUAUAUUUGGCGUUUAUACUAGGUUUGGGCGACAUGGUGCGGCUUGUGUAUA